AUGCCUCGAGUCGUCAACCCCCCCCAAAAGAGCCAUGGGCGUGGAUCUUCCAAACAGGUCACCACGCCGCGCAAGAAUUCUCCGAUGAAGAUCCCACUAAACGACGAUGCGGGUGAGAAGGUUGCGCGCUUUCAGUCCCGACAGGCCCUCCAUGAUCUUCAAAUGAAUCAGAUAAAAGCGGCGGUCAAGACGCCCAUGCCACCAAUGCGCAAGAUCAACAGCUAUGACCGAGCAUCGAGCAGUAGCCCGCGAACCCCGCGCGGCUCCGGCGCGAGAACAGGAGGCAGAGAAACCGAUUCAGGCGGGCGGCAGAUCGUCAAUGGCAGAGCAGUAACGCCUAUGAAACGAGUGCCUAUCUUGGCAAAUUUCGAGGAGUGGAUGAAGAUGGCCACUGAUAAUAAAAUUAACGCGGCCAAUUCGUGGAAUUUCGCUCUCAUUGAUUACUUCCAUGAUAUGUCACUACUAAAGGAAGGCGACGGGGUUAAUUUCCAGAAGGCUAGUUGCACGCUUGAUGGAUGCGUAAAAAUCUAUACGAGUAGGGUUGACAGUGUUGCGACUGAAACGGGCAAGUUGCUCAGUGGAUUGGCGGAUAGCAAUAAUAAAAAACGGCAGCAAGAUGAGGGCGAGGGCGGUGAAGGUGACAAUGAUGAGGAUGAUGAAGAGGAGGAGACUGGUGAGGAUGGCACGAAGAGAAAAAAGCAGAAGAAGACACGAUCACACGAAAGUACCCUGGCACCUUCCUUUGCUUCCCUGCAAUUGAAGAAGUUUGAACUAGAGUUUGCUGUCGAUCCACUAUUCAAGAAAGCUUCAGCAGAUUUCGACGAAGGGGGUGCAAAGGGGCUUCUUCUGAACCACCUUUCAAUCGAUGGCACCGGUAGGAUUGUAUUUGACAGCAGCGAUGAUGCCUGUGAUGCCACACCAGAUGGUGAUUGGAACCCCAGAAAGGAUGGUCGGGAAGGGACUGCGGAGACGGAUGCACCCCCGUCACCCUCACCAGCACCACAAACUAAUGGUUGGGACGACGAAAAUGUUGAAAUUGACCUUGGGCCGUUAGCGAACAAAUUCUUUUCAAAUCUUGAUAGUUUGGAUGAGCAAGAUAUCUGUCCCUCAUUGAAAGAUUUUGAUCUCGGUGACCCAAGUGGCUCGAUCGAUAUUCCUUUCCUGCGUGCGCCUGAUGAUUGGCGACAGGAUAAGUCACAACUCGAACCAGGUGUUGGUGACGCUUCUGGUAUUAUGCUAGAUGAUGACAUUGCUGUCGGGUUUGACGACGACGACGGGACUAUCACAGGUUUUGACCUUGGCGGCGACACAGGCUUCGGUGAAGGUGGUGAGGCGUGGGCCAGGGAGGCUGCUCUUGAGCCUAUGCUAAAAGUGCACCGUAUUGAUGGCGGCGAUGAGGGUAUGGAUUCAGAUUCUAAUGAUCCGUACACGAUUUCUCUUUCACAUCAGCCCGCUGCCAAAGAGCAUGACAACAUUCUCAGCUAUUUCGACAAUGCUUUACAGAAAAAUUGGGCUGGACCCGAACACUGGAAAAUCCGACGCAUCAAAUUCCACCACAUUGCAUCCACUAAUGCGGCUCCUCGGAUACGCAAAGAAAAAGAACCCUUUGAAAUUGAUUUUGCUUCGCCUCUUGACCCUACUCUCGCCGAAAUGAUCUAUUCCCAGUCAUCUUCUAACUCCGCUAUAUCCCUGCCAAAAACACAAUGGAAGACCAAAGGUAGAAACCUGCUACCGGAUGAUAAGCACUUUAACUCACGAGAACUACUUCGAUUGUUCCUCAAACCCAAGGCCAGAAUGGGAUUCAAAUCGCUCGGGAAAACCCAAAAAAAUAAAGACCAACAAAAUAUCUCAAACAAUAACGAAAUGGACGAGGCAUUUUGGGCUGCACAUAAAUCCAGUGCCGGGCAAACCAGCAUGGAUGAGAGUGCUGCCCCUACAGGCGCUUAUGACGCCAACUUCUUUGCGGAUGAUGAGGGUCUGGCUUUCCCACAUGGGCUUCCCAUGGGAGGUGAUGGUGAUGACGAUAACUUGCCAUUCGCCGAUGCGAGAGAAGCAUUUUCGCCUGCCAUGGACCCUAAUGCUCGCCCAAGCACAGCUGCCGGUGAAGCUGGCGGCCUCUCUGGACUCACUGCUUUGUUAAAUGCUGCUGCAACUCCAGGAGGAGCGCUUGCAGGUGGUUUCGGGUCUCAACUUGUUACUCAAGGGGGCCGAAGAGUACGGCCUGAGUACGUUGCUUAUGCUAGAGUAGCUAAGAAGGUCGAUGUACGACGAUUAAAGGAAGAAAUGUGGAAGGGUAUGGGUGACCGAUUAAUCGCGUCGUCAGCUUUCAGCUCGUCAUCCCCUUCGGCAGCGGUAACCUCGAUAGACUCGCCGAAACAUACAGAAAUUCCAACCUCCGCGCCUACAGAACCGACAGACCAGGCGCAAGACGAUGCUGGCGAGGAUGAAAAGAGUCUUCGAUUCACAUCCUUAAUGCAGGGGCUCAAAUCAGCAUAUCCUGAACAGGCAUUGCGCGAUAUUAGUACCUCGUAUUGUUUCAUCUGUUUGCUUCACCUGGCUAAUGAAAAAGGCCUGGUGCUGGAGAAUAAAGGUGGGAUGGAUGGGUGGGGGGGUAAGGGACUGGAGGAAAUUUAUGUGACCAAAGAUCCAGGUGCUGUUAUUGAAGGAGAGGCGUAGAAUGCCACAUGAUAUCCAAGACCCAACGUCCACUCGUCGGACCAAGGCGGAGGGGGCGUAGAUGUGCUUUGUUUGACAUGGUUUGAUUUUCGUGGUACAAUCCUAUCAUCCUAGACGGAUGGAUACGUUUUUUUUUUGAUGUAGUUGGUUUGUGUAAUAGCUCGUCUGAAUGGGUUUCUUGGGUAAAUUGAGGUUCCAUAGUACCUACUCCUUUUU